AGUUACGAAGGCUUACAAACUUCGCACUCAUCUCAAAAUCGGAACGUCUGCAGCUGCUGGAGCAAAACAUGAUACGUGGGUAACUGGGUGAAACGAAUGCAGAUUUACUAGGAAAAUAACAAAUAGUGACUGGCAGUGAUUUGAUAAGUUCCUUAAUCUCCGUACAAAACUGAGUCCUUCACUCGAACCAGAAUGGCCGACCUAAAAAAGGAUUUGGACGAAUAUCUGCUACUGCAGAGCGAUCAGAAAAAAAGUUUCAAACUUGAAAUGCCCAAGAUGCCAUCGAUAUCGACAUCCGGUGGGCUCGUUAGUAAACUCUUUGGCAAAGGUCCGGAACCUGAGGCAAACAGUUGGCUCAAAGAAACACAAGACACUUGUUGUCCCAAAUUGAGUCGGAUACAAAGAAUUGUUGGUUUCGUGACAUGCAUGGGCCUGGGGGUAUUCUGUAUGAUUGUGUCCACUUUCUACAUCCCAGUGUUGAUUCUCAAGGCAAGAAAGUUCGCUUUACUCUACACACUGGGAAGUAUUUUUUUCAUUAUGAGUUUUUCUUUUCUGAGUGGAUUUGGAGCUAUGUUCCGGCAAACGUUCUCCCGCGAUAGGUUAGCCCUGUCCAUUUCGUACAGCUGCUGCCUAGUGGCCACACUGUACUUUGCCAUGAUCGAACAAAGCACAGCAUUCACUGUUCUGUUCGCGGUCGCACAAAUUAUAUCACUGCUGUGGAUGAUUCUUGGUGCUGUUCCAGGUGGAAUGACCGGAGUCAAAUUCUUCAGCCAGAUGUUUCGAAGUUCGGUAUCCAAUCAGCUGCCGGUGUAAGUGAUUGGAUUGCCUUUUUACAAAGGCGGGGUGCAAUCGUUAAAAAAAUAAAGUUCACUAAGGUGAUAAAAAAACAACAGAACAAAAAUUGUAUCAGUAUGAUUAGCUAACCUAUUUUAUCAUGAAUAAAAACAAUUGUCUCACAAGAAUAAGAA